CUUUCACUUCCCACGUUCUCUCUCCCUCUGGCUGUGUGUGUGUGAAAGAAAGAAAGAAAGAAAAUGCCCCCAUCCCAUCCCCACUCCCACUCCCACUCCCACCCCCCGCCUUCGCCAAACUGAAAAGUGAAACGCACAUUUCAUUCGUAUUUACUUUUGUUUUGUCUCCUAAUAAAAAUAAUCAUACUCAUGAUGGGAACGCUCCUAAAACCCUAAGCCCCCCUAUUACUCUCAAACCCUAAUAAUCACCAUCCAAGAAUCAAAAUCAAAAUUUCAAGACGAUGAAUGAGCAUCACCACCACCGUGACGAAGCCGAAGCCGAAGCCGACAAGGCCCAAACCCUAGCCUCCUCACUGUCCAAGCUCUCCGCCUCCUCUCGCGGCGUACCCUCCGGCAAAGACUUUCACUUCUUCAACAACUUCGAUGACUUCAAGAACCCCAUCCGCGAAAUCUCCAACAAAUCAACGUCGAUGCUCCACGCUAUAAACGAUAAUGCUCAGGUUUGGAGACAACAAGAAGGACCGCCCAAAGCUGCUGCCGCUGCUGCUUUCCCUGAAGCAGACAUGGACGACGCCUACGAUUGGCUCGUGAAUGUCAACGACGAGCUUCUUGAGCGGUUUGAUGUGUCGGCCGACGACUUCCGGAAGAAGGAAGAGACAGACUCCUCUGGGUUUCAGUUGGUGCAUUAUGGCAAUAAGAAGAAGGGGGCGAGUGCUAGUGCCAGUGCUAGUGCUGUAAAGUUGGCUACGAAGACCAAACCGAAGGUGCCAUUUCAUAUACCAUCCAUAAGGAAGCCACAAGAGGAGUUUACUAUUUUGGUCAAUAAUUCCAACCAGCCCUUUCAGCACGUUUGGUUGCAGCAGCAGAGGACCGACGAUGACCAAACCACCACCUUUAUUCAUCCCCUAGAGAAGCUUUCUUUUAUGGAUUUUGUUGAUAAAGACAUUGGGAAUGUGGAUCCUGUAAAACCCCCCUCUAUAGAGUCUACACCUUUCAAGCUUGUGGAGGAAGUGAAAGAUUUGAAAGAGAUGGCUGCUAAAUUGCGUGGUGUGAAUGAAUUUGCGGUUGAUUUGGAACAUAAUCAAUAUCGAUCUUUUCAAGGGUUGACUUGCUUGAUGCAAAUAUCUACCAGAACAGAAGAUUUUGUUGUAGAUACUCUAAAGCUUCGAAUUCAUAUUGGCCCAUAUUUAAGGGAGGUUUUCAAGGACCCUACCAAGAGAAAGGUUAUGCAUGGAGCAGAUCGAGAUAUUGUGUGGCUUCAGCGGGACUUUGGCAUUUACAUUUGCAAUUUGUUUGACACUGGCCAGGCCUCGAAGGUAUUGAAAUUGGAGAGAAAUAGCUUGGAGUUUCUUUUGCAUCACUUUUGUGGAGUUUCUGCUAACAAAGAAUACCAGAAUGCAGAUUGGAGAUUACGCCCUCUUCCUGAGGAGAUGCUAAGAUAUGCCAGAGAAGAUACACACUAUCUAUUGUAUAUAUAUGAUUUAAUGAGAAUCAAGCUGCAUGCAAUGCCUAAAGAGGCCGAAAAUAUUGAUUCUCCAUUAGUAGAGGUCUACAAGCGCAGUUGUGAUGUGUGCAUGCAGCUAUAUGAGAAAGAGCUUUUGACAGAAAAUUCAUAUCUCCAUAUAUAUGGGUUGCAUGCUGCCAGUUUCGAUGCUCAGCAGCUUGCCAUUGUUGCAGGCCUUUGUGAGUGGCGAGAUGUGGUUGCUCGUGCUGAGGAUGAGAGUACUGGAUAUAUAUUGCCAAACAAAACUCUUCUUGAAAUUGCCAAGCAGAAGCCUGACACUACUAGCAAGUUACGUCGAUUGGUGAAAUCAAAGCACCCUUACGUUGAGCACAAUCUCUCUCCUGUUCUUAGCAUCAUUAGGCAUUCUGUACAAAAUGCUGCUGCAUAUGAAGCUAUUGCUGAACAUCUGAAGGUGGGACUUAUGGAAAUUGCAUCAGAAGAAAUUAAAGUUACAGAUGGAUCUGAUGCCUUCUCACCUGAUGCUCUUAUAAAACGUGAAGCUGGAAAUGCUAGAAGAGUAAGCAUUGAUGGGGGUGAUACAAUGAAUGGUAAUAUGUCUGCAAUUUUGCAUUCUCCUCAGCUGAAAGAUGAGUCUUCAGAGCUUGGAUGCAGUGCCUCUGAAGUUGACAAAGAAGGAAAAGGAUUCCCCUUUGAGCAUUCAGAUAAAAGUGGGAACAUCAGUAUAAAUUCUGAUUGUUAUAGUUCACAGCUUGUCGGAGGAAGCCUCACUACUGGGCAGAGCAGAGAUGCAAUUGAUGAUACCUUGGUGUUGGGUUCAGCGAAGGUUACUGGAGCAACUGUUCAGAUGCUUAAGAAGCCUAGCCGUGCUUUUGGGGCACUCCUGGGGAAUUCAGCCCCAAAGAGAAAGUUUGAUACCAAUAAAAAGGAAGAGAUCAAGUUGGAGCAAAUCAGAUCUUCAGUGAACUUUCCCUUCCACUCUUUUUCUGGCACAAGUGAGCAGUCAAAAUUAGUUAUAGAAGUGCCAGAUACAGCCGUGGAAACUUGUCAACCUCAAGGGCAUGCUGCUGUGCCAGCUGCCAACUCUAGAUCAGAUGAUAUUAUAAUGUUGGAAGAUAAUCUAAAUGUAGAGGAACCAAUACAUGGAAAUUUAGAAGCCGCAGAUGAGCAUAAGAGUGAUUUUGGGGCAUCUGCUUCAGAAAUGGAUGAUGAGCCUAUGUCUCUCUCUGAAUUGUCAUCAAGCUUCCAGCAAUGCUUUGAGUCAAUUAAUCAAAAUGGGAAUGGCAGAAAAAAUGAGAAAUCUCAGGAAGCUGGCUGCGCCUUGCAGCUGAAGCCAUUUGAUUAUGAAGCAGCAAGGAAACAUGUCACAUUUGGAGAAGAUCCAGAGGAUGGGUUGGGGUCAGAGGGUGACAAAGGUUUAAAGUGCCGGCGUGAUUCUGGGGGUAAGAAAAAAGGCCCAAUUAAAGGUCGAGUCCAAAGAGAUGAUGAUGGAACAGGAGAAUUUCCUCAAGGAAGACGACGUCAAGCUUUUCCGGCAACUGGGAACAGAAGUGCAACUUUUCGCUGAAUCUCUCAACAGAUUAAUGUGUGAGAGAAAUGAAAAGAAUGUUGUGUUUCCGAAGUAAAGGUUGUCAAAAGGAAUAUUAAAUAAAUCAAAUGAGAAAAUUAAACUACGUGAAUCUUGUUACAUUGCUAGGCUUCAUUAUGAAGCAAGGCCAGGCAUUAUGACCAAGUCUUUACUCUUA